AUGGCUUUCCGCGCAACCUCCUUCCUCCUGCUCGCCCUCGCGCACAGCGCGCGCUCCUUCCGCCCCGAGACCAUCCCGCUCAACUGGACGACGCUCGCCGCGUGCGCCGUCGACAACCCCGCGCGCAUCCUCGCGGGCGACGUCACGACUCAGGUCGCGAACAACACCGCCGCGUCGUGCGUGAUGUCGUGCGCCGCGCAGGGCUUCGGCUACGCCGGCGUCGAGUUCGCGGACGAGUGCCACUGCGCGACUGGGGUCGUCGGCCCACUCGAGAUCGCCCCAGACACGGACUGCAACAUGGGCUGCGCGGGCGACAGUACUAUCGCGUGCGGCGGCGCUUGGCGCAUCCAAAUCUACACCUUCCCUGCGCUGCGUCCUGGCAGCUGGGCGUUCGAGGGCUGCUUCGUAGACGCGCCCGCGUUCACGGCCGUCGAGACGCACACCUUCGAUACCAACCUCGACUUCGUCAACCAGUGCCUGCAGGCGUGCGCGCGCGAUGGGUUCACGUUCGCGGGCGUCGAGGACGCGAGCGUGUGCCAGUGCAGCGGUGCGGCGCCGGUGGCCGCUGCGACGCAGGUGGACGAGUCGGAGUGCAGCUCGCUCUGCCCGCUCCCGGGUAACGCCGGUUUCGAAUUCUGCGGUGGGGUGGACCGGCUUGGGGUGUACAGCUUCAGUGGAUGA